AUGUCGAUAUUUGUGGGAGAAGAAGUUGUUGAUGGUAUUGAUGAAAUGCAUCAUGAAUUAAUGGAAUGGCAUCCAAAGAGUGGAUUACUUGCACUAACAACAUAUCAUGCAAAUGUUGGAAGUGAAAUUAAUUUUUUCACUCAUCAAGUAAGUAAAUAA